UCAAUACUGCAAGUGGUUCUAAUUUACUAUCGCUGUUCCCUAGCCGGUCUAAAACCGCUUUUGACCUAAAGGGAUGCUUUUUGGACACCAUGGACGUUUCUCAGUUUCCAGGCAAAAAGAACAGUAAAAAUGCAGGCAGGGCACAGGACAAAGCACUAGGGACAAAAUGUAUGUGAAAUGGUUUGAUACAGUAAUGUUAUACUUUCUACAAUUUUCAAAUUUCCCGCCAGUUCCGUCCCCAUACGUCUUGACGUCGCAGGGAAUGGAACCCGGAAGACAGAUGCCGGAAUCGGCCAGAGGACAUUGCCGGGGGGACACUACAGGGAGGACA